AUGGAGGAGGUGCUACCGGACGACAUGCUCGCCGACGUCCUGGGCCGCCUGCCGCCCAGCAGUCUGGCGGCGUCACGCUGCGUCCGCAAGCACUGGUGCUCCAUCAUCGACGCCCGGCGCCUCCUGCGCGCCCACCUCCUCCCUCUCCGCCUCGACGCCUUCUUCUGCAUCUCCUUCGACCUCAUCGACCGGCUGACAUAUUUCUUCGCACGCCCCUCGACGGCGCGACGAAUCCCGGGCAGCCGCCUCGACUUCAUAGACGGAGAAGAUUACUACGAUCUGGAAGUGAAGGAUCACUGCAAUGGUCUGCUCUUGGUGUAUGACAUGGUGGUCAACCCUGCCACACGGCAAUGGGCCACCUUGCCUAUCUCCCCGGAACCAUCCAUUGGCUACUACUUGGGGUUCGGGGGGACGACGAUCAUGGAUCAGGAUCAGGAAAACGACGACCACUUGUUGUUUUCACGCUUUUACCUUGUCUAUGAUCCCAUGGCGGAGUCUCCGCAGCACUUCGAGGUAUUUCUUUUCCCCUUACUUGGCCAUGAUCUGGGAAAUCACGAAAACAUCACCAUCAACCUUGAGGAGCAAGAAUGGCCGCCAUCGACAUUCAGAACCCAUGUCUUCUCGUCGACGAGAUGGAGGUGGGAGGAGAGAUCCUGGAUACGCCAAGGGGAGACUGUCGGGACCAUGGCCGAUAUGCUGCAAUCAGAUUAUUGCAUGGACCGCAAGGCCGUCUAUUUCCUGGGAGCACUCUAUGUGCAUUGUCAAAAUGAUUCUGUCAUGAGGAUAGCCUUGUCUAAUGACAACAAGUACCAAAUGGUGAGAUCUCCAGCAACAUGGAGCCAACUUGGUGCUGAGCGUGCUACCUUUUACUUGGGAAAAUCAGAGAAAGGGGUGUACUCUGCGUUACUUUAUUGGGUCGACUGGGGCAGCUGCCCCCAGUUUCGAGUCUGGUUGCUUAAGGAGGAAGAAGAAGAAAAUGAUGAUGGACAUCAUCACAUUCACAUGGAGUGGGUGUUGAAGACUAACAUCAGCCUUCCACCGCUGCUUGCAAAUAAACUUCCUCUUCUCCACAGCGGCUUUGCUGAUGAUGAAUGGAGGGUCAUCCAUGACUAUAAUAACAAGGAGGAAGUACCACCUGCUGAUGCUGCUGCACAUGGCGACGACGAGUUUGCUGCUGAUGAUGAAUGGGACUUUGACAAUGCUGACAUUGUCCUUGAUGAAGCCAAAGAUAAUAAGGCCGCCGAAGCAGACGGGCACUACCCUGUUGAUUUCCUCGGAUUUCAUCCUUACAAAGAGAUUGUCUUCUUUUCCUUAAAAUCAGGGACAAUAUCUUAUAAUUUGAAUACUUCAAAGGUUCAACAGUUGGGCGGCCACAUACAUAUACCAGUGGGCAUAAGAACCUGUUUCCCAUACACACCAUGCUUGCUGACAUUGGGGGAAUUAUUUGAAAACAGUUAA